GCGCCAACUGCUAGUUUUUUCAAAUGAAACUAUACAAGGCUUACGAGCAAUGCAAUCCAUCGUUGUGUCGCUCUCCAACCGUCUAAUAAGACCCACUAACCACGCCUUUUAUUUUUUCUUCAAAAGCUUCAAUUCUUGGGCUUCGGCUAUACGAAAUGCUUCUUCCCCCCAAAAAGCUUUGCAUAUCUACUCUCAAAUGCACCGUCAGUCUGUUCCUUUUGAUAGUUUUUCCAUGCUCUAUACGCUAAAAUCAUGUACCCAGUUAAGGAAUCAUGAAAUCAUUCAACACCUCCAUGCCCAUAUCAUGAAACUUGGCUUUGGCAAUCAUGUUUAUGUGGCCACUUCACUUCUCCAUGCGUACGUUGUUGUCUCGUUCGUGGAUGCCUGUGUACUGUUCGAUGAAAUGCCUGAGAAGAACACGGUCACGUGGAACACGAUGAUUGCAGGGUAUUCGAGGUCGAGGGAUGUAGAGAGAGCACGUUUGGUUUUUGAGGAAAUGCCACUGAGAGAUGUUGCAUCAUGGUCUGCCAUGAUCACUGCGUAUGUGAACAAUGGCAAUCAAGAGUAUGGCCUGUCAGUCUUUCGGGAUAUGGUAAUGGAUGGAGGUUUAAAACCUGACCAAGUGACUGCAGGCUCAGUUUUAUCCGGUUGUGCCCACCUGGGUCAUCUUGGGUUGCUUGUGGGGAAAUCAGUUCAUGGGUUUAUGGUCAAGAAUGGAUGGGAGUUGAAUGUGGAGAUUGGUACAGUUCUGGUUGACAUGUAUGCUAAGUGUGGGUUUUUGAAGGGAGCUGCAGGGGUUUUUGAAUUGAUGCAAGAAAGGAAUGUCAUGACUUGGACUGCAUUGAUUUGUGGAUCGGCACAACAUGGCUACAGCAAAGCAGCGUUGUCUUUGUUUGAGAUGAUGCAAAAAUCUGGUGUAAGACCUAACGAAUUGACUUUCACAGGAAUUCUUAGUGCUUGUGUGCAUACAGGACUAGUUGAGGAGGGCCGAAAAUAUUUCAAGUUGAUUGAAGAAAGUGGCUUGGAGCCUCAAAUUCAUCAUUAUGGAUGCAUGGUUGAUUUGUAUGGCAAGGCAGGACUGUUAGAGGAAGCUUAUGAGGUUAUUAAGAAAAUGAGAUUUGAACCCAAUGUUGUUGUCUGGAGUGCUUUUUUAUGUGCUUGUAAGGAGCAUAAACAGUUUGAGAUGGCCGAACGAGUGGUUGAGCAGGUCAUGAAGAUGGUAAAACCAGAUAACGAUGGUGGGGUUUAUUCUCUUAUCUCAGAUUUGUAUGCUUUGGGUGGGAAGUGGGAUGAUGCAGAAAGAGUGAGGAAUUUAAUGGUCAACCAACAUGUGAGGAAGGUCAGGGGCUCUAGUUUUGUUAGAAGUGGAUAG